AAUGAACUCUCAAGGCCCCGAGGGGGCAGUGCGAGCGGGCGAGAAGCUGCUCGAGCGUCUGCAGCUCCGGCUCGAGACUCCGGCGUCUGACCAGGUCACGCGUCGGCCUGCCUCUCGCGGCAGCCCAUAGAGGCCUGCAGGGGCGGACAAGCAUGGCGUCCAGCGUCUCCAGGACGGUGUCCGCGCUGUCGAGGAGAAGCCUCGGGAGCCGUCGAACAACAGACGCCGCCAACGCCCAGAAGCGCCUCCGCGGGCCGCCCCAGCGCGCCCCGCGGACGUCCACCAGGGGCUUCGCCCAGGGCAGCGGGAUCCGCAAGGGGCCCGAGGCCGCUGCGUCCAGGGCGAGCGCCAGGUUCCCUGGCCUCAGCCGCACCGACGGCGCCCAGGGUUUCCCGAACGUGAACGCCAAGUACCGCCCCGACGAGCACCCCCCCCUCGCGAAGCUGGGCGAGGUCCAGGAGCCAGAGGGCGCGUCGCUCGCGCACUGGAAGGGGGAUUGGAGCGCAUCCGACCUGCACAGCGCCGUGGAGGACCACGUGAUGAUGUCGUGGGGGCCCUCCGGGCCCGCGAAGGACCUGCCGACGAUCGUGGACGCGAAGGGCAUCUACCUGUACGACAGCGAGGGGAAGG